AGAAAAAGAAAAACAACAACAACAACAUUGUAAUCAUCCACGCUUGACGCCUAUUUUUGAUCUUCAUUGGUUUGAAUUGCAAAAACCUUAGCAGCGCAACUGUGGAGAAACUUAGUGUUUUUCCACCAAUUCAUAUCAACUCCGUGGUUCACUCUUCACUUCUCUCUCCCCCCGAAUUUCUCUCAUCUCUGUUCAUCUUUUUCUCUCUCUUUAUCUUAUACUAAGUUUAACACUCUCUCUCUCUCUCUCUCUCUCUCUCUCUCUCUGUGUUUGUGUAUCUCUGUGUUUGUGUGGAGCUGGCGGGAAUGCAUUCAGGGCCAAUCACAAGGCCUCUGCAGCUUCAAAAAGGGGUAACUUUUUAUCUCUUAUGGAGAUUAUUCCUCACUGGUAAUAAGCGGAUAAAGUAGCUUGGUCACCAUGAGUCAAUCAUAUGGUUCAGGAGGCUUGCCAAGAGAAACUUUGGAACACUAUCAAUAAUUCAUAAGGAGUGCAAGGUUGAGAAGGAUUUUCUUUGAAUGGAUAGUUCUAGCUUGCUGAACUGUGUGCAUUCAGGUGACCAAGAUUGGAAAAGCCUUGAUUUUUCUUUUAGUUGAGUACUUCUUUUCCAAAUUAUUCCCCCUUCAAAGCAUGGCACCACGACCUCUCCGCCUCACCUACCAACGACCACCACCUAGGUUCCUUUUCAUCAUACUUUUGAUAAUUAUUCCUGUUUCUAUGGUUGGAAUUUUCACUUACGGCCAGAAAAUAUCAUAUUUUUUCCGACCACUUUGGGACAAUCCUCCACCACCCUUCAAACGCCUUUCACACUAUUAUGCUGAAAAUGUAUCAAUGGACCACCUUUGCCGCCUCCAUGGCUGGUCUGUACGCUCUGAACCCCGCCAAGUUUAUGAUGCCAUCAUCUUCAGCAAUGAGCUGGACAUACUGGAGAUCAGGUGGCGUGAGCUUCAUUCCUUAGUCACAAAAUUUGUCAUCCUUGAGUCCAAUACCACUUUCACCGGCAUCCCCAAACCUCUAUUCUUUGCUUCAAAUCAGACCCGGUUUGCUUUUGCUGAGGGGAAGAUUGUCCAUGAUGUAUUCUCUGGCCGAAUUGCAGCUCAUGGAUCAUGUGAAGACCCAUUUGCACUUGAGUCUAAGCAACGUGCUGCUAUGAAUGGAUUACUUCGGCUUGCAGGGAUAUCCAGUGGUGACAUUCUCAUCAUGUCAGAUACCGAUGAGAUACCAAGCUCACAUACUGUGAAACUACUGCAAUGGUGUGAUGGGAUUCCACCAGUAAUGCAUCUUGAGUUCAGGCACUACAUGUACUCAUUCGAGUUCCCCGUGGACUACAGCAGCUGGCGUGCCACAGCCCACGUCUUUCACCCACGCACCCUUUACCGGCAUUCACGCCAAACUGAUCUAAUAUUGUCUGAUGCAGGAUGGCAUUGUAGCUUUUGUUUUCGGCAUAUUCAGGAGUUUGUGUUUAAGAUGACUGCUUAUAGCCAUGCAGAUCGUGUGAAGCGGAGGGAUUUUUUAGACCAUUCAAGAAUCCAGAACCUCAUUUGCCAGGGAGAUGAUCUCUUUGAUAUGCUACCCGAAGAAUACACCUUUCAGGAGUUAUUUAAAAAGAUGGGGCCAAUCCCUAGUUCAUGUUCUGCAGUCCAUCUUCCUGCUUACUUGAUAGAGAAUGCAGAUAACUAUAGGUUCCUUCUCCCAGGAGGCUGUUUAAGAUCUCCAGAAUGAAGAUUUUUGGCCAGCCCAAAAAUAAAAGGAUUAGAAAGUAUAGUAUGGAACUUUAGGAUUCCACUGCUCUUUUUUUUUUUUUUUUUCAUAAAGAGGUUUCAGUGCCUGAAAGCUGCCAGAGAUGUGAAAAUUGUAGCGUUCACUCCUUUUUGUUGUGUUCUUAUAAAUGCUCUUUGAUAAUCUACCAUUUUCCCAAA